AAACAGGGACGGCUCCUCCGCCUAUCGCCAUCGUGUCUGACCGUACGGCAGCAAGCGAGAGGGUGGGAAGCCUGAGCCAAUCAUUAGCUAGCUACUGCGUGCAGCUACCUCUGGAGGAGGAGGAGGCAGAUCGAGGCAUGGAUCAUCAGCAUCAGCUGGUCGCCAUGGCUCUGCCGGCGAGCCCGUCGACGACGACGACCGCGGCGCCGCACGUCGCGCACAAGAUUCCGGCCGGCGACGGGCCGUACGCGAGGGCCAAGCACUUCCAGCUGGUGGAGAAGGACCUGGACGCGUCGAUCGCGUGGUUCUGGAAGGCGAUCAACACGGGUGACAAGGUGGACAGCGCGCUCAAGGACAUGGCCGUGGUGAUGAAGCAGCGCGGGUACCUGACCGAGGCCAUCGACGCCGUCAAGUCGCUGCGGCAUCUCUGCCCCAGGCAGUCGCAGGACUCCCUCGACAACAUCCUCCUCGACCUCUACAAGGCCAGCGGCCGCACCAAGGAGGAGAUCGAGCUGCUCAAGAACAAGCUCCGCAAGAUCUACCUCGGCGAGGCGUUCCACGGCAAGGCCACCAAGCGCGCCCGCUCCCACGGCCGCAAGAUCCUCGUCUCCGUCAGGCAAGAAACCUCGCGCGUCCUGGGCAACCUCGCGUGGGCGUACAUGCAGCAGCGGAACUUCAUGGCGGCGGAGGUGGUGUACAGGAAGGCGCAGAUGAUCGAUCCGGACGCCAACAAGGCGUGCAACCUCGCGCUCUGCCUCAUCGAGCAGUCGCGGCUCGCCGACGCCGAGGUGGUCCUCGCCGACGUGCUCGCGGGGAGGUACCAGGCGCGCGACCAGCAAGACGGCAAGAUCGUGAGGAAGGUGGGGGAGCUGCUGGCCCGGAUCAUGGAGCAGACGUCGCCGGGCGGCGGCGGCGGUGCCUACGACGGACGGCGCGGGGGCGAGAGCGACGAGGACGAUGACUGGGUCGAGGACGAGAUGUUGGCGCUGCUGGACGUGGCGGCGGUGAAGCAGUGGGUGGCACCGUACCGGAAGAGCAACAGGAGGCUUCCCGUCUUCGAGGAGAUCUCGCCUAUCUUCAUGGAGCAGAUGGCUUGCUAGAAUCUAAAAGUAGCAGCAUCUUUACUCUUUAGGAAGUGACAAGAGCUCCAUGCAUCCAUCAUUGAUCGAGUCAUGUCCUCGUCAGCUCAAGCUUUUGGAUGAACUCGUAGGAUUAUAUUCAUUGGAUGGACUCAAGAGAUAGUUUGUGCAAUAGCAUCAGGUAGAAAUGUAAAGCGUGUACUUGAAGUGUUUGCUCUCUGUGCUUGCGUCUGAAGAUGUUUUGCACGCAUGUAUGUGUGUGCGUGUCUUAGUCAUGUAGUAUGUGCAUGUUUUGUUGAUCCAUACAUAGAAAUGCUCCAUUAUUCGAUCUCUGCUGGACAUCAGAAAUGGACAAAUGGUGAAACAUUCACUAUAAGGAAUCUAGAUGUUCUAAGAGGUUCUC